CUCUCUAUCAGUUUCCAAACUUUUUCUCUUCUUUUUCAGUUUGUUCUUUUCUCACAACACAAACUGAAACAUCAAAAUGUUUCCACAAACACCAACUAUCUCAUUUUUCAUUGUGCUCUCUUCUCUAAUCUUAUGUAAUGGCUACAUAGAGGAGCCACUUUACAAAACAAACUACAAACACUACCCUAUGCAUCAUGGCAGAUUCAUCAGGAGAAAACAUGAACAUUUUGGUUUUAUAACAAGGGCCAAUAGAGUUGCUCCUCUUUCUUCUAGCCCUCGUGGAACAGUUAAUGUUGAUGACUUCGGAGCCAAAGCAGAUGGAAGAGAUAAUACCGAGGCAUUUGGAAAGGCAUGGAGAGAAGCAUGUUCAAGAGGGGCUAUCCUUGUGGUACCUGAAAAUAGGAUCUAUCGUCUUAAGCCAAUCACAUUUUCUGGUCCAUGUCGACCCAACACUGCAUUUAUGCUCUAUGGAACAAUCGAGGCAUGGACUCAAAUGUCAGCAUACCAAGAUAGACAGCACUGGAUUAUGUUUGACAGUGUUUCAAAUUUCAGAGUUGGUGGUGGUGGCACAUUCAAUGGCAAAGGAAAAACGUGGUGGCAAAACUCUUGCAAAGCAACCACUAACCUUCCAUGCAACGACGAACCAAGACCAAAGGCUGUGACUUUCUUUCAAUGCAAAAAUUUGGAAGUGAGAAACUUGAUGUUCAAAGAUUCACAGCAAAUGCACUUAGUCUUUGAUGGAUGCUUCAAUGUUAUUGCUUCGAAUCUGAUCAUCAGAGCUCCAGGGGACAGCCCCAACACUGAUGGAAUUCAUGUCGCAGACACACAAAAUAUUGUGAUAAGCAAUAGUCAUAUUGGGACAGGUGAUGAUUGUAUUUCGAUAAUAAGUGGGUCACAAAACGUUCGAGCAACAGAUAUCAUCUGCGGGCCUGGACAUGGAAUAAGCAUUGGUAGCUUGGGAGCAGAUAAAUCAGAAGCUGAAGUGUCCAAUGUGGUAGUGAACAGAGCAACUUUGACAGGAACCACAAAUGGAGUGAGAAUAAAGACUUGGCAGGGAGGCUCUGGUUAUGCAAGAAACAUCAAAUUUUUGAACAUAAUGAUGCAAAAUGUGACAAAUCCCAUUAUAAUAGAUCAAUACUACUGUGACCAAACCAAGCCAUGUCAAGAGCAGAACUCAGCUGUGCAAUUAAGCAAUGUUUUAUACCAAAACAUAAGAGGAACGAGUGCCUCAGAAGUGGCUAUCAAAUUUGACUGCAGCAGAGCAGUCCCAUGCAGACAAAUCUACCUGCAGGAUGUGAUUUUGGAGCCACAAGGCAGAGGUGGCACCAUUGCAACAUGUGAAAAUGUUAGAUAUGUCAACAGAGGAAAGUUUUUUCCUCAAUGCACUCCAUGAAAACAAAUUCAACAACUGAAAAAGCUAGUGGUUCAAAUAUUUCAAGUGUGGUUAUUAUAGGUUGGUGUAAUUGACGACUAGCUCAGCUGACUUUUUUGGCAGCUACUACUAUUAACGAUAGUUUGGCAAUGAAUAGAGGGGGAAAUGGGGCAAAAGGGAUAAAGAAUGUAACUAUAUGUAUACAAUAAAGAUGGAAUCAAUGUUCAAUGUUAUAAUCAUAUCAACUA